AUGGAAGGGACAGAACCGAAAAAUUUGGAUAUCGAGCGCCAGAAUCGGGAAAAGCCGAGACGAAAACGAUACAGGCCGCGUACUAAAGGAUACAGGCUUUUUGUGAAGGACGAGAUUGAAAAAGCGUUGUGUGCGCAGCCAUCUCCUGUGAACCAUUUGUUUUCAACGGAUGAUAGCGGAAUCUGUUCUGCUAGCCUGGAUGACCUAGUUUCUUUUUUGGAGCUCAAUUCGGAAAGUUAUAGUAAACUCUCCGUGGCUGCAUUAAAAAGUAUUAGUAAUAUAUCUUCCAUUUUCCGAAUCGACGGCUCACCGAGUGAGGGGUUGAGGAUUUUCAGAAAAUCUGUUGUGCCGAAACAAGAUUCAACAGUUGUUUACGUGGACAACUUGCCCAUGCAAUGCCGUCUUCUUUAUGUCUUGCGUAGAGCUUCAAUGUUUGGUACGGUUGCUUCUGUGCGACCGAGGUUUUUCGGCGAAAGAGAAGAGAAAUUGUGUUACACAUUUUCAUCGGAGCGUAGUUCUGCGUCUUCAAAAACUGUUUCUUUAUUUAGUACCCGUCGUGUUGAAAGUGCAUUUAUACAAUUUGUCGAUCCAUCUUCAGCAGAAAAGUUUUGUCGGGCUUAUAAACUCAAUAUGCCGGGAAAUAUUAUUAGUCCUGGUAAGCGGAUAAAAAGACUUAUUUCUAAAAGAAAGAAGUCUGCCCAUCGUGCUAUUGCUUAUCAAAAAAGUGCUUAUUUGAGCAAGAAGGCAUAUGCUCAAAAAGGUGAAGCUUGCGGGUUGGUAGAGGAAAGCUCACUAGCCGAUAGUUUUGUUCGGCUGGACGGCAAAGUUACGCUCGGCACUCAGCAGACUAGUGAAAGGUUUAGUCCAGAAGAAAAGAAGGAAAAGGUGGAGGAUUUAAGAAAAAGGAAAGGGCCAUCUAACUCACCUUUGAUAGCUCAUAAAAGGUGCUGUCGAGAUGAAAAAGAAUUCUGUACUAAUAAUCAAGAUCGGCGGAGAACAGUCAGUAGUAGCUACGAGACUGUUGAACGUGGCGAAGAAAAACCAACACGUUACAGUGAUACGACGGAACCGCCUCGAGUUGUUGAUGAACUUGUCGAAAAGGUACCGAGUGACAUUCCAUUGGAGCAUGAUCUUUGUGCAGCCUCAAGUGUUACUGGUCUUAGUCGACUUGGUAAACUGCAAAAAGGCACAGGGUUAAAAGAGUGUGUACAGAACGAUUCGCCGUUUGUCGCUGAUUCGGAGUCUUUGGUCGCUGAGACAAAGUUGUUCAACGAGUAUCGGUCAGAAUACUUGAAGCUGAAGAAAAACAAUAUGGUUAAUUUGAAAAGAAUGCUGAGUUUGAAAACAAUCUCUUGGAGAUCUUUCAGUAGCAAUAGUAUGAGAGUCAGGAAGAUCAGAGGCAAAAGCAAGCUGGUCGCUCGUGCUGUGGCUUCACGUUCUCACCAAGAACAAACAGGAGUUCGGGUUUCAUUGUUUGAUAUAAAACUAAUGUGCUUUCACGUUACUUCAGAUAUUUCUUGUGUUUCGUGA